AUGCAAGUCGCAGAAAUACUCUCAGACAUAAACUCCCUUCGCGUCUGCGGCCAUAAUGAAGCACUCGCCUUGGUAAAUGUGCACAAAACGAACGCAAGUCCAGAAUCUGCCGAGACUGCCAAUGUCUCAACAGAUAAAGAUGAUCUCCGUCGUGCAAAGGAGCUGGUUGAGUUACAUUACGAAGUUAAGGCACGACACGCCAAUGGGACUGUGGAUGAGGAGCUGAACCAGGCCCGCGAGGAUGUCCAACGUGUUCUAAGAGAGUUAUCGACUGUGUGA